GCCUGUGUCCCGGUAGCAGCCAGGGCUGUGGGGGCGUCUGUCCAUCCCAUCCCGGAGGCCAGGCCUGUUGUACCCUGGGUCCUGGGGCCUGGCCAGUGAGGCCACUGGGCCCCAUUCAACAAGUUGAGAGAGGCAAAGCUUGGGUUCCAGUCGGCCAAGGGUUCGUGUUCACACCCCACCUCCUGAGUGAGGACUCCCAACGCCUGAGUUCCUAAGACAAGGAUGUCCCUCCUCCCAAUGGGGAGGACUCAGAACUUGGGGGUCUGGUGCUUUUGGGAACCGGUGUUGGUGCCAAGCAGCUUUGGGGAACACUCAGAGCGCAGGCCAUGCCUGAGACCCCCCACCCCCAGCCUGCAGUUUGGUUGUGGGGAAGGCUGUUGGAACUCGGAACCUGGUGGGGACUUUUCGCACAAACAGAUCUGUCAGGCCGAGGGUAGCCAGGGAGGGCUCCGGGAGAGGCACCCAGGCCACAAAGGUUGUAAGAAGGGGGUUAAGGGGUGCAUGGCGAGAGGGAGAGGGGCAGCCCUGGCCGCUUCCCCUCCAAGCAGCAACCGCUUCAGUGGUGUCAGGCGACCCCAUAAGCGUCCCUGUCACGCAGACACCAAGUGAAGUGGGCACCCACGAUGGGGUGGGGAGCAAGUGGGGGUCCCCUUAGCCUCCUAGUCGCUCUUCUGUCCCUGGUUCCUUCCUGCAAUUGACACUCCAUCAAGGCAACCACCCCCACCCCAGGAUCAAGCGCCAUGAUGGGUAUCAUCAGCAUCUGUGCAUCAUGCCUGGCUGGCCUCAGUGUUCCCAUCUGUAGAGUGGGGGUGGCCGCUGCUACCAUCCACCCCCAGACGCAGCUAGGCUGUGGUCGCGCCUCGAAGGGUGGGCGCACACAAGGUCCCAAAGCUGAGAUUUUUGUGCCUCUACCCACAGGGCUGUCACUCCAGGGCACUUCUGAGUCACUAUCGACUCACCAGGUAGGAAGCCUUUUAGCAGAACUUCCCAGCAACCUUCGGGGCAGGGGUGUGGGCAGCCGGGGUGAGCCGCCCACCACCUCCCCUGUCAAUCAUGAGCCUUGAGAACACUGAAGGGUUGGGACUUAGUAAAAACAGGGCUGGGGUGACUCUGGAAUUCCAAAGCUCAGGUGUCCUGGACGAUGCUGGCGUGGCCCUAGGCCCAGACCCUACACCAUGACCUGCUGGCUGCGUAUGCUGGGCCUGCACCUGCUUCUGCUGCCCACGGCGCCCCCCCUGGCCGCGGGCUGUCCGGCGCGCUGCGAGUGCUCGGUGUCCACCCGCACAGUGGCCUGCGGCCGCCGCCGGCUGACAGCCAUCCCCGAGGGCAUCCCGGCUGAAACACGCCUGCUGGAGCUCAGCCGCAACCGCAUCCGCUGCCUGAACCCCGGGGACCUGGCCUCGCUGCCCACCCUGGAGGAGCUGGACCUCAACCACAACGUGAUCGCCCAUGUGGAGCCCGGGGCCUUCGCCAACCUGCCCCGCCUGCGCAUCCUGCGUCUCCGUGGCAACCAGCUGAAGCUCAUCCCGCCCGGCGUGUUCACGCACCUGGACAGCCUCACGCUGCUGGACCUGAGCGAGAACAAGCUGGUCAUCCUGCUGGAUUUCAGCUUCCAAGACCUGCGCAGCCUGCGGCGACUGGAGGUGGGCGACAAUGACCUCGUGUUCAUCUCCCGCAGGGCCUUCGCGGGGCUGCUGGGGCUAGCCGAGCUCACCCUGGAGCGCUGCAACCUCACGUCGCUGUCCCCCGAGUCGCUCGGCCACCUGCGGGGCCUGGGCGCCCUGCGCCUGCGCCACCUGGCCAUCGCCGCCCUGGAGGACCAGAACUUCCAGAAGCUUCCGGGCCUCUCACAUCUGGAGAUCGACAACUGGCCUCUGCUGGAGGAGGUGGCCCCGGGGAGCCUGCGAGGGCUGAACCUCACGUCUCUGUCCAUCACGCACACCAACAUCACGGCUGUGCCGGCCGCUGCGCUGCGACAGCAGGCCCACCUGACGUGCCUCAACCUGUCGCACAACCCCAUCGGCACGGUGCCCCGGGGCUCCUUCAGGGACCUGGUGCGCCUGCGCGAGCUGCACUUAGCCGGGGCCAUGCUGGCUGUCAUAGAGCCGCAGGCCUUCGUGGGGCUGCGGCAGAUCCGCCUGCUCAACCUCUCGGACAACCUGCUGUCCACGCUGGAGGAGAACACGUUCCAUUCGGUGAACACGCUCGAGACGCUGCGCGUGGACGGCAACCCGCUGGCCUGCGACUGUCGCCUGCUGUGGAUCGUGCAGAGGCGGAAGACCCUGAACUUCGACGGCAGGCUGCCCGCCUGUGCCACCCCCGCCGAGGUGCGCGGCGACGCCCUGCACAACCUCCCGGACUCGGUGCUCUUCGAGUACUUCGUGUGUCGCAAGCCCAAGAUCCGGGAAAGGCGGCUGCAGCACGUGACCGCCACGGAGGGGGACGACGUGCGCUUCCUGUGCCGCGCCGAGGGCGAGCCCACGCCCACGGUGGCCUGGGUGACGCCGCAGCACCACACGGUGACGGCUGCCAGCCGGGGCCGGGCGCGGGUGCUGCCUGGGGGCACGCUGGCCGUCGCGGAUACGCGGCCCCAGGACAGCGGCACCUACACGUGCGUGGCCAGCAACGCCGGGGGCAAUGACACGUAUUUCGCCACCUUGACUGUCCAGCUGGCUGCCAACCGGACCCAGGGCGAUGGGCACAACGAGACACAGGUGGGCGUCCGGUUCCCGCUGGACCUCACCACCAUCCUGGUGUCUACCGCCAUGGGGUGCAUCACCUUCCUCGGCGUGGUCCUCUUCUGCUUCCUGCUGCUCUUCGUGUGGAGCCGAGGCCGUGGACAGCACAAGAAUAACUUCUCUGUAGAAUAUUCCUUCCGCAAGGUGGACGGUCCUGUGGCCGCGGCCGGCCAGGGCGGCGCACGCAAGUUCAACAUGAAGAUGAUCUGAGCGGGCCCGUGGUGGGCUGGCGGGAGAGCCCCUCGGACCUCCAUGCAGUCCCAGAUAACCUCCACCUACGCGUGUUUUUUACCCAAGGGUUAGCAGCCAGCUCACGGGCAGAACUUCGUUUUUGUAGACGUCUGCAGGACUGGUUUUGAGCAGAUCACACCUUUUGCAGUUCUUGAAGUGUUUUCUAUCAGUUUCAACCUGUCUCUUUCCUGCUGUGGAUGCAGGCUGGGACACUCAGGGUCCAAGGUUCCCUACUCAGCAGUCAGGUCCGCAGAUGUCCUGGUGGGAGGCACCUGUGCACACUGGACAGACACAGCACUUACAGUAGGUGUGCUCACGGUGACACAGUUUGGCAUACACAGGGCCCAAGGCUGCAGGGCCCCUGGCUGUGCAGUAGCCCAGCUUUGUUCACUGCCACUCAGCCAUAGGUCAACUGGGGCUGCCCCAGGCCCUGCUGAGUGGCUGGAGUCACAGAGGAAGCCCCCAUGCCCCCAGGAACUUCCACCUGCCAGGAGAAGCCAUGUUCCCAUGUCCCUAGAGACCCCCCACCCUACCUAGCAGUGCUGGACAUCUGCUCGCUGGAGGAGUAACUACGUGGGUCCUCGAGACAGGCCAGCCAUAUCCACUCAGCUGCUCUGAGCAGGGUGAGCAGCAGGGGCUCACACCUGGGAGCCUCUCCAACCAGGUUCCUUCCCGGGCACCCACUUCUGCCCCUUCAGCUAGGGCAUUGUUGAGGGAGGGGGCAGAGGCACUGUAGGGCUUGGCCAGUUCUCCUGCCCUGCCACGCUGUGACACCAGUGGGCCACUUGGUCUGAGCUCGCAGCUGAGGCCGGGUCUCACGGAGCCCUCCUGACUGUCUAAAGGCAGCUUCGUGGAAUCGAAGACUCACACUAGCUUGACUGCUCUGAACUUGGCUGGGAACACGGGGACCCUUUGGUCCUGCCCCUCCCAACCUUUGCAUCACACACAAACUGGUCAACAGGACACGUGACUGGGUGGAUUGGCAUUUCCCAUCCCUGAGCAGGACAGGAAUGACCCCUUUGGUCCUGGAGCAUCCUCUUAGCCCCUGUUGCCAUGGCAACCCUGGGGCCCCUCAAACCAACCAAUGAAAUCCAAGUGCCUUUAGAGUCAUUAAAAGACAGGAGGGGUGCACUCAUGGCAGGGUUAGGGGUCACAAAGUGUCAGUACGCUACAUUGGGGUUCUCCAUUCCCAAGCUCUAUCCUCACCUGGCUGUGUUCUACUGAAAUCCAAUAAAACAGACUGAUUUAAUACAAAA